GACCAAAACCACGUUGCGGAGUUCUGAGUCCACCUCCGCAAAUACUCAUGAUCACGGAUAUGGAAAACGAAGUUAUCUGAGCUGAGGUUUAGCGUUAUCCUACAAUUUUCAGAUUGGAAAUAACGUAUUGUAUAUCUCGCAGACAAUUUCCACACGGACUCAUCGAGAUGUCGUUUGAUGCAUCUGUCUCAUCUAUCAAUAGCUCUGAUCCUCAUGCUCGCUUCCUGAGUACCUCAUGCCUAGACUUUCUUCUGAUAGAGCUCGUUCCAAUGGCCGAACGCUUAGCAAGGGAAUUGGCACUCAAUGACAAAGCUUCAGAUGAUGACGAAAUCAGGGAGUCGACAUUCUUUCGACUAGAGUCUAUAGGCUACCGAGUUGGUCAAGGACUUGCGGAACGAUUUUCUCGCGAUCGCCCUCGUUUCACAGACAAUCUCGAUGUUAUCAAGUUUCUGUGCAAGGAUCUGUGGACCGUUCUUUUCAGGAAACAAGUGGAUAAUUUGAAAACAAAUCACCGGGGUGUCUACGUCCUCACAGAUAACUCGUUUCGACCAUUUGCAAGAAUGAGUACGGCUUCUCGAAGCGAGGCGACUGCUAUGGCACAAGCGUUUCUCUGGUUUCCGUGCGGCGUCAUUCGUGGUGCUUUAUCGAACAUGGGCAUUGCCACCACUGUACAAGCCGAAACGUCUGAGCUUCCCGGGGCGACGUUCCAAAUCAAAACAGUUCAGCCAAGGCCCUGAACGCUGGGGACGGUGAAUUUGCUAGAAGGCACCAGAUGAAAUAACACCAAAGACCCCUCUUGUCUCUCGUCGCGAUGGCAGGCUCAGUCAAUUAUCUCAUUUACACUGCAACAGGGCUCACAUUAAAAGCAAAAAAGAAAAAAA